AACAGCCCCUUUCCUACCUAUCUUCACAUUCGUUCCUUCGGUAUCGGUCUGCGACUGUAUACCUUCCAUUCGUUUCUUGCAAACAUGCGUUCCUUCUAUCAACUUGUGACUUUCGCCUUCCUCCAGAUCUUAUUGUGGUCCAGCAACGGAGCAGAGGCCGUCAAUUUGAAAACCCGCAAAAAGCCAACGAACGCCAGAGUUGGCGUAGAGCUCGAUCGAGAUCUCUUCAACGCCGGUCCUGAGACUUAUGUCGCUGGCGCACCAACUGUCAGGGCAAAGGCGGACGCGAACCGCAUCAUCUUCAUGGCCCACUGGCGGGUCAGCGGCCCGCUCUCAGAUGGACAGCUCGUACAGAUUGCCAUGGACGGCUACCUCGACAUGCUCGAAAACGUAGAGCAGUACGGUAGCGCAGUCGGCGCUAAAGCUAUCCCCGGCGUGAUUACGGUCUUCCACUGGGACCAAGAAAUCAUCGUCGCCAGCUCGCAGAGUAAAGGUCUUCCGCUCACGUACACACGCAACAACCAUAUCCUUCCGCUCAUCAUGGAGUGUAUCCAGCCAGCUACCGCAAAGUCCAACGAGGCCAAGUGCGGAGAGAUGAGCGCCGCCCAGCUAUUCGUGCACCUGUACCCAAAUACUCAGAUCAAUACGAAAAAUAUUGUGACUGUUACGGUUGAAGGCAACAAGGAGGACAUCAAGGGCACUACAAUGGCUUGGCUCACCCAGAAUGGGAUCAAGGAACCAUGCAAUCCGGCCCACGGUGGUGGCUGCGCCGCAAUUGUCGGUCCUGGCAAGGUCCUUCGCAGGGAGGUACCGGUAGGCACAGCGCCGGCUCCCUACUCCAAGAAUGGCUGGACUCAGAGCGAUACUCAACAAAUAUCCUUCAUUCUACCUGAUGAUCAAGUAGUCCAUGCCUAGGUAUUUUGAAGGUCAAAUAAUCUUAGUAUUGUGAACCGUGUACAUUCAGUAGCAUGUACCGUUAGAGUUAUAUAGAUGGGAUACGGGUUCUGGAG